GCCCUCAUAACUAUAGAUACACACACACACACACACACACACUGAAGAGCUUCAGCUUUGUGUGUGUGUGUGACUCACUGUAAGCCACCAGACAAACAGGCUGACACGGCACUUAUGAAUCCAACACGCCCCCAAGUCAAAGCCUGAGGCCAGAGAAGCUGCAGCAUGCUGCCAGUACAAUCUACAGACUUUACUGUCAGAGUGAUAGAAAGUGUUGUGUCUCUCUAAGGGAACCGAGCUGAGUGGCAUGGCUCCGUCAGAGGACAGUGUGGCUGUCUGGAGCUGUAAGCAGGUGGCCCAGUGGCUGCAGGAGGAAGGUUUUGGGGAGUAUGUGGAGUUAUUGUGCAGCCAGCACCGCCUGGAUGGGCCCAGCCUGCUGGCUCUGACUGAGGCUGACCUGCGGGGUCCACCACUGGGCCUGACUGUGCUGGGAGACAUCAAGAGGUUAACCAUGGCCCUUCGCCGGCUCCAGAGACAGAACCAGGCCGAGCUGGAGGAGCUGGGCCUGCAGCAUUCAGACAGCCACCCCUCUGGGCUCUCGUCGGGCUCCGAAGGAGGAGAGUGGGGAUGUGACGGAGCAGAGAGGAGGUAUAACGGAGCUCAUCACUUGUUUAAUGGGACUGAGCUGCGGCUUAGGAAUGGCGACAGAUCUGGAUACGGUUUAGGAGCGACACUGUGUCAUACACACUCCAACUGGAGGUAUAGGCAGCACCUGGCUGGUAGACUGGACCCAGAAGUGUGGAAGACAGUCAUGAGUUGCAUAUAUGUGUUUUGUGUGUUCGGAUUCACGUCUGUUGUCAUGGUCUUUGUGCACGAGCGGGUCCCCGACAUGAGGACAUACCCACCACUGCCUGAUAUAUUCCUGGACAGCGUUCCCAGAAUCCCCUGGGCUUUUGCAAUGGCCGAAGCGUGUGGCCUCAUCCUGUGUUAUAUGUUUAUGGUAAUCCUGCUGCUUCACAAACACAGAUCCAUUCUCUUCAGGCGGCUGUGUUCUUUAAUAGGAACUGUGUUUCUGCUUCGUUGCUGCACCAUGUUUGUCACCUCGCUGUCCGUGCCCGGGCAGCACCUGAAGUGUGCCAGCAAGACAUACGGUGAUACCUGGGAGAAGAUACAGAGGGCGUUAGCGAUCUGGAGUGGGUUUGGCAUGACCCUGACUGGUGUGCAAACAUGUGGAGACUACAUGUUCAGCGGACACACGGUUGUCAUAACCAUGCUCAACUUUUUUGUAACUGAAUACACGCCACGAACCUGGAACCUGAUUCACACCAUCUCCUGGGUGCUUAACCUGUUUGGCAUCUUCUUCAUCCUGGCGGCCCACGAGCACUACUCCAUCGACGUGUUCAUCGCCUUCUACAUCACCACCCGCCUCUUCCUCUACUACCACACUCUAGCCAACACCCGUGCCUACCAACACAGCCGGCGAGCACGCAUCUGGUUCCCCAUGUUCUCCUUCUUCGAGUGCAAUGUGAACGGACCCGUCCCCAACCAGUAUCACUGGCCGUUCAACAAACCCGCCUACAUGAAGACUCUGAUAGGAUAAAGUAAGACGUUCAGUGAGCUGCAGCUGCUGUGUGCAUGGGCUGUAACAUUUACAGCCUGAAUUAGAAACUUUAUACCUGACAUGCUGCUUCUUAUCUUCUGUUUUACCUCAUUUGCAUAAAUCUUUAUUUCGUUAAAUAAUCGUAUGUUUCAAGGAGAAGUUUGACAGUUUGUUGUCCUCUCUCAUGUCUGUCUAAUAAAUAUAAAGCUAAAGCCAGCAGUUGGUUAGCUUAGCUUAGCAACACUACCCUGGCUGUUUAAAGGUAACAAAAUGUAACUACUGGCACUAAACGUCUGUAUUAAACCGUCUAAAAACCAAAGAUUAAAAAACGGCAACCUGUCACUUUGACUCACUGCUGCUCCUCAAAUAAUAACCUGGCAUGAAACCUGUUGUAAAAACACAAUGUGUUGGUUUUACACUGUUGCCUUAAUGGACAUGUCUCACCUAACAAGAGCAAACUGUAAACUAUUCCCUUUUAAUUUAUUCUGAGAUUAAACUGUACACUGCAACAUAAAGUAAAAUAAAUGUGGUUUACUGCAGGUACAGACAUUUCCUUUAAUACAUAUUUGCCUUGAAAUAAUCACUUUGAUUAUACAUAUUCCACUUUUGGGAUGUUUAAGGUUCACUCGUGGUUUGUGUUGUGAGCUUGACUCAAUAUUUAAUGUAGGAACACAGCUGUCAUUCUCUGGGAGUUGUCAUAACAUGACAGUUUCAUGUUGUUUUGCUGGAAGUAGAUGUGACACCAGUUUGGUCGCUGCUACCAAAGGAAGAACGUUUAUAUUGAUUGUGCAACAGGAAAAAACGCAUCCUGGUCUGUACUGACAGACCAGGAUGUUUCAGUCACUCAGAUAAAAACUGUUUUAUUUUCAUUCACACUUAAUUUUUCAAUUUAUUUUUCUAAAGCUUUUUUGUAUUUGUUGGUGUCACCUCUGGGACACUACACUGUGCUUCCUAUACAUUCGCAACUUAUCCAAACCAAAUAUCUGAACAUCUAUUGCAAUGUUCAAUUUUGCCAGUGAGCCUAUUUGUUUACAGGGUGUUAAUGAUGAAGCUGGGGUUUGUUUAAACCUCUGUCGUCCAGUUUCUCUCUGUUGCACAAAGACUGACUUUUCAUUAAUGCAACUGUGGACAAACAGUUAGAUAACAAAGAAUAAAAAGUAAAUACUUUGUUGUUUAGGAUCUCUUGGUCGAUCCAAACUAUAUUUUUUAAUAAUCGUUUACAGUUUGUUGUUUUAUUUUGAAUGCAAGUGCUCUGUCGUCUUUUUGGCUCUACAAUAAAAGUUUACAGAUAAAGAAA